GAAAAAUUAAAGAAGCAAGCGCCGCAGCAGCAACAGGAGCAGCUGCAGUCACCCAAGGCCACACACGCAUACCUUCCUUCCAAGUCAUUCAAAGCACCACACUGAAGAAAAAGUAACAGUACCUCCCUUAACAUUUCUCUCUAUUUCUCUCCCUUUCUUUUCCAAUCUGAUCUGAAUUCAGGCAAGGGGGAAGAGAAAGUUGUAACUUAAUCCGAUUCUCAACAACCCAAAACAACAGAGGAAGCCAAUUCCUCUCAAUUUGUCAUGACAGAGAUGAUGGAUGUCCCCUCAACUACGCCCAAAGCCCCACCUAUCUCUGAAAUGUUCCAGAAGUUCGCCAUCGCUUUCAAGACCAAAACUUUCGAAUUCUUCGCCGAUGAGACUGCCGCCGAUGACCCAUCCGACAUCGACGGUUUCUCCCUCCUCGACUCCGCUGAAGAUUUCAUUCCCGAUCAGAAAGUUAUCAUCCUCAAGCCCGAUCAACCCCUCAAUCAAAAUUCAGUGACCUCUCCAACUCCUUCGUGGAAGCCUCAACAAUUAUCACAUCAACCGACGAUAAGUAAGUUGACGAACCAGACCCAGAUCACGCCUUUAAACGCCCAGUCCGCUCAAACUUUGAUUUCUUCCAUAUUUGCGACAGUUUCUUCAUUUGAAGCUUCGUAUCUGCAGCUACAGACUGCCCAUGUUCCUUUCAAUGAAAAGGGUAUAAAGGUCGCGGAUGAAGCUCUGGUUUCGCAUCUUCAGAGUCUAUCUAAGUUUAAGCAAUUCUAUGUCAAUUUGUGUACGAAUCCCGACUUCGGGGCAGCUUUGCCUAUUGGGUCGUGCUUGGAAGCUCAAGUACAGGAAAAUCAAAGCAAGCUGAGAGUUCUGGGGAUUGUUUCGGACCAUUUACAAGCAGAUAUUGAUCGAAAGGAUAACGAAGUUUCGGCUUUAAGGAAGAAAUUGAGCGACAUACAAAGGUGUAAUUCCAAGUUGGCAAAGAGAUUAUCUGGUAAUUUGAGUUCGCCUAAAUCUUGUGAUGUUUUAUUGUCUGUUAGGGUUUUCGAUUCUGUGAUAAAUGAUGCUUGUAGAGCUACACAUAAGUUCACAAAUAUUUUGAUAGAUUUAAUGAGAAAAGCUGGGUGGGAUUUGGAUUUGGCGGCGAAUUCAGUUCAUGCUGAUAUUGAAUAUGCAAAAACAGGGCAUAAUCGCUACGCUUUUCUCUCAUAUUUUUGUUUGGGCAUGUUUAGAGGUUUUGAUUUAAAGAGUUUUGGUUUGGAUGAGGGUGAUGCUGAAAUCCUUUGUAAUGGGCAUAUUUCUGAUUCUGACAAGACUCAUAGUUCGUUGAAGCAGUUGCUUGAGCAUGUCUCUAGCAGUCCUAUGGAGUUGCUACAUAGGAAUCCUUACUGUGAAUUUUCAAGAUUUUGUGAAAAGAAGUAUCAAGAACUUAUUCAUGCAACAAUGGAAUCAUCGAUUUUCAGUAACAUGGGUCAAAAUGAAGUUGUUUUGAAUUCAUGGAGGUCACUUAGCAUAUUCUACGAGUCAUUUGUUAACAUGGCUAGUGCAGUAUGGACGCUUCAUAAGCUGGCGUUUUCAUUUGAUCCUGUUGUUGAGAUUUUCCAGGUGGAAAGAGGGGUUGAUUUUUCAGUGGUAUAUAUGGAAGAUGUAACUAGAAGAUGCACCUUGCCAGCUAAAACCCGGAUGAAGGUGGGGUUUACGGUAGUUCCAGGAUUUAAGAUUGGGAGAACAGUUCUUCAGUCCAAGGUCUAUUUAUGUGGUUUGAAAUGUACAGGAUAGUUGUUCAUGAUUGUAUCAUGUAGGAAAUUAGAAGUUAAGCAGCCGAAGCAAAAUAAUUUGUCUUGCUUUUGGUAUGACUCUCUGCAACACCGUCAUUGUGGGUAAAUGACAGUGGCACAGGAAUACGAAGGGAUUCGUUCAGUGUUUCAAAGGGUGCCUCAGUUAAAUAUGCUGAGGGAGGAAUAUGGAAUAUGAGAUAUAAAACAAUUGGAGAAACCAGAUCUUUGCUGCAUUCUUGCUCUGGGCACUGGGAGCAACUGGGCAGUAUGCAGCUUGGAUGCUAUAUGAUGUGUAAUUAUGCUUCCAUCUUGGUUGUGAAUUUUACCUUUUCAUCUUUCUUCUCCUAUACCAGAUGGUAUGUGAAAAUUGCUGUAAAGUUCUAUUUUUUGCUUUUCUUCUUUAUAGAUUGUGCUUGCAAGCUCCAUUUCUGACAGAAAAAUACAUUACCUAGCUGUGUUUCACUUUUCUUUUUUGAGCUUGGACACUGUAUACCACAUAAGCCUCCUUUGGAUACAUAACAAUUCAAUCUGGAAUAGAAAGUUGUGCAAUAAAUGCUUCUGUUGUGUUA